CGUGGUAUUUAAUUUUGCAUGAAGUUCACCAUUAAGAAGACAAACCAAACAUAAAGCAACCAAACCACUCCUGUAUGUACAUACAUAGCCAAUCGGUUUUAUUAUUCAGUGCCAAAUCUGUUCCAUAACUAGCAGAAAGGUGACGUCUGGCUAGAUAUUUGACAAAACAUUCUAUAUUUUACAUGCACUCAAUACACCGACAAGUAAGGACACAUGCAGUUAGUUUGAGAUUUCAAUUGAAUUGUCGCUUCAUGCCGGCGAGAGAGGAUUUGUUGGCGAUACAUGGAAUCAUGUUACAUAUUUACGUACAACAGAAUAGUCGGCCAAUAUGGGAAAUAUCCACGCUUGAAGAACUUCGGAAUUUUAGUUCAUUGUAUUGGAACUACGAGGGAUUGGCGUGAAGCGAAUUCAAGAAAGACUGACUGUGAUCCGUACUGCAUGCAAAUUUUGAACAAUUUAAGGAAUUGUGCUACUAACUUAUCUAUAAAUAAUAAAGUGCUUCUUUCAAUACAUAAAAAUUUGACUGUGAUCAAACCGUCCAAUCUACAUACUGUAGGGUUUAUAUUAUACUAAAGUGUCGGAAAUACGUUCAUAUUCGCCUGAAAAGUGCCACACAGAAAGCAAGAUGGUGAUCAAGGAGGACACACAGUCUCCAAAAUCUUCAAAGGAAAAAAAGAAGAAGACUGAAGCUGCUUCGAAACCGGAUGAAACUCUUCUCAAACCAAAGUGCAUUUGUGAAAUUUGUACAUGCGGGGGUCAUCGAUGUCCUCACAAUGACUUUAAGAUUGACUAUAUCAAAGAACACCUUGUGUCCGGAUCGCAUGAAACGGGGAGUUCAGAAAGUCGGGAGCAGUAUAAAACCUUUAGCCAAGUGGAAAGAGGAUCUGUGAUUAAACGAGGUCAGACCACGUUACAACUGGAAGGUGAAAUGGACCUCGUGUCAUCUUACGGUGACGAAUUUCAAAAGAAACAAGCAGAGCAAACCAAAAGGUUUAAACAUGAUGGCAACCUGAGUCUAACAACAUCAGGUGGCGACUACUCAUCAAUGACACAUUUGGUCAGCGAAGUAGGCGGGCAUCAUGGGCAAGUGACCUCCAAGAGCGUUAAUGAACAAAUGCAGCAAAGUCUUUCAACCUCAACGUCUACUUCUACCGUCCAACAACAAUCAUCAUCGUCCAAGCAGGAGAUGAGCAGUUCCAUGAAGGCUGAGACUAGUUCAUCUGCUAUGAUGACCUCGUCUUCCUCGGAUCAGCAGCAAUUUAGCUCGUCCUCAAUGACCACGGGGGGUGAACAGAUGGAGUAUUCUCUGGACAAUGCUGCUUCAUUGUCUCUGCAACGUGGCACCAAAACCCGGCUGCGUGGAGGAAAACUUGAGACUGUGCCGGAUGAGUAUUUGUACGCCAAAGGGAUAAAAAUUGUCUCCACGUCAGAAAGUCUUUCCGAGUUGGAGAAAAAUCUGGCCAAGGGUCCGGAUGGUGCCGUUGUUAUCUCGUCCAGCAGUAAAUCUGGAACUCAAGAAAUGUCCAGCAGCUCUUCAGCCCAUGCAAUGGAAACCGUCCAACAAAGUAGUCGCAGUGAAAUGAUGUCCGACUCUAAAACAAGCACUGAAAGUAGUAGUUUUUACGUCACGGACCAACAACAAUCAGACCUGAAGUCGUCAGAUUCCACAUUAAUAUCGAAAACCAAUAAGUCACUGAACACAGUAGCUGGAUUAUCUUCAGAUCAACGCUUACGAUCUGAAGAUUCCAGCUCCAUGCGGAAACUUGUCCGUGGUCCAGGGACGACGAAGAGAAUUCUUCGUGGGGGCAAAAUGGAAUCUGUCUUUGUCGAAGGCGAUGUGCUCGGCUAUGAGGAUGAGCUUGCAACAUUUCACCAAUCACUGUAUGGGGACUCCUCGUCCUCCAAAAUGGUGACUGAUAAUGUCGACGUUAGUCAGUCCGGGUACACUUCCAUGCAACAAAAUAUCUACUCCAGUGAAUCCACCACCAAUAACCAAGGCACUACCAAAAGCCGUUCCGAAUUUGCCCAGUCUACAUCCGAAGGUAGGCAUGCUGGAGGCGAUGGCGAAAUUUUAACUAAAUCCAAGACCGUUGUGUACGACAGUGGUGCUGGUCCAAGCCCAUAUUCAACGAGUCAUACAUCCAGAACUGUGCUACGAGGUGGAAAGGUUGUUAACGUUUCUGAAGACCAUGUUUCCUCUGAUGUUAGUGAAAGUCAGAGACUAAUUCAACAGUCGAGUGACGAUCUGAAGCAAUUAGGACAAUUCACAACCACAUCAAAGACCAGCAAGUUAUCAGGCCAGGAGACAACCAAACAGCAAAAAUCAUCCACUCAGACAAGCAAACUAUCAGAGUCCAUGAUUCAAUCCAUGAGUGAAAAUAUUGACACCUCAUCUUCCUCCAUAAUCACGGAACAAAUUGCGAGACAACAGCAGCAGUUGGAUUCAAAUCGGAUUCGUGGUGAGUAUCGAGGCUCCAGAACUGAAACCGUGACUGGGGGCACGACGCAUGACUUUGGAGAUGUCAAAGGUCUCACAGUCGUUACCCAUUCGAAGUCAUCCAUGGAGCAAACUGAAGACCAAAAGUUGGCUCAAGCUCAACUCCAAUCUUUGACCCAGUCCUCGUCAGUCUACGGAGUAAACAUUGAAUCGUCACUGCGAGGUGCGAGAGUCAAAGAAAUUCAGGAGAGAGAAAUUUCACGUGGAAUCGUUCGACUGAGUGAUCUUGGGCUGGAGACGACAGAAAACGUGGAGAAAUCCAUUACAGAAAUCAAAUCUGCAAAAGUCUCCGACACUGUCGAAAUUGAUGAGAGAAUCGAAAGUAAGACAACUUCAUCAGAUAUCCAAACUUUCCGUUACGAAGAAAUGUCAGAGUCAGAGCGAAGAAAUGCACUCAUUAUGAGAAAUCAAAGGAAUCGAGUCACUGGUUCAGCAAUGAUUGAGGACACGUACGAUGUUUCAACAAAAUUCGACAGCCGAGACAAAUAUGACAAGAUUACCACCGCCGUGGAAGAUGAACGUCACGCUGCUACCACCUUUUUGGAGCAAGUAGACAAUAAAAACCAGGUUCUUGACACGACUUACAUUGUGUAUCCUCGCCAGACUCCCAUCAGGCGAGAAGACAAUUUAAGGGUGGAGGACUCGACCAGUUCCACCAACUACCUUAGCACCAAUCGGAGUGAUUAUGACGAAAAGAGGUCUUCCACCACGAGAGGAAUUCGACGCAACACGUUCACAAAGACUGAGGGUGACAUGAGCUUUGAAACCACGGCGAAAAGUGAGUACUAUGAAAAAAGCAGUCCUGGGGAGAGACCAACGAUGCAGAGACAAAACACGUGGACCAAGAUGGAGGGAGACAUGCAAACCACGACGACGAGUAAGGAACAGUUCAGAACUGUGAAGGGGGAGAGGUCCACGCCCAUUCUUCACAAGGAUAAUCUGCAUCCUGAAGGACCUUUUUAUGGGAAGGUGAGGGAAGAAGCACCAAAAGCCGACAGGGUCAAACCAAUGAAAUACGUGGACAACUUGAGACCAGAGGGCGAAUUUUACAACCAAAGAAAAACCGAAAUAUGGCAAAAAGGUGAAAGGGCUGAACGAGUUGUGCAUGAAGAUAAUAUUCACAUGGAAGGACAAUUUGAUAGCAUCACCACAUCGCAAACAGAUUACACGGCUACAACUCGAGGCGAUAGAUACAGUAUGAAGAAGCCCGUUGAUAAUUUAAAACAGGAAGGACCAUUUUACAAGUCCCCAGAAAAAGAAAUUCCAAAGGGAGAGAAACGUUCGCCCGUGAAACAUCCAGAUAAUUUGAAAGUUGAAGGCGAGUUCUAUAAACCUGUGAAAGCGUCCGUACAACCCGGUGAAAGACGACAACCUGCGAAAAAACCAGACAAUUUACACCCAGAAGGUGAAUUUUACCAACGCCCUGAUCAAGGUGCUCCCCUAAGAGGAGAUCGAGCCGAUAUUAAGAAACCGGUGGACAACUUAAGACCGGAAGGUGAGUUUUAUAAGCCUCUAAAGGAGUCCGUCCAACCUGGAGAGAAAGCAAAGCCUAUUCGACAGUCCGAUAAUCUACACCCAGAAGGUGAGUUUUACCAACGCCCUGAUCAAGGAGCUCCAUUGAGAGGAGAUAGAGCGGACGUGAAGAAACCCAUUGACAACCUCAGACCUGAAGGCGAGUUCUAUAAGCCGCCGAAGGAUACCGUGCAACAAGGAGAAAAAGCUAAGCCAAUCAGACAGCUCGAUAACUUACGCCCAGAAGGAGAAUUUUAUCAACGUCCGGAACAAGGCGCCCCUAUCAGAGGAGAUCGAGCCGAUAUUAAGAAGCCCGUGGACAAUCUUAGGCCUGAAGGCGAAUUUUAUAAACCACUGAAAGAGUCCGUUCAACCUGGAGAGAAAGCAAAGCCUAUUCGACAGUCCGAUAAUUUGUACCCUGAAGGCGAAUUUUAUCAGCGACCCGACCAAGGCGCCCCUCUUAAAGGGGAUCGAGCCGAUAUCAAGAAACCUGUCGAUAAUCUCCGACCUGAGGGUGAAUUUUACAAACCGCUGAAGGAAAUAGUCCAAUUAGGAGAGAAAGCUAAACCAAUUCGACAGCUCGACAAUUUACAUCCAGAAGGAGAGUUCUACCAACGUCCUGAACAAGGAACGCCAUUAAGAGGCGAAAGGGCGGAUGUGAAGAAACCCAUUGACAACCUCCGACCUGAAGGCGAAUUUUAUAAACCACUGAAGGAAUCGAUUCAACCUGGAGAAAAAGCAAAGCCUAUCCGACAGGCCGAUAAUUUGUACCCUGAAGGAGAAUUUUACCAACGUCCUGAACAUGGAGCUCCCCUUAGAGGAGAACGAGCUGAUGUUAAGAAACCCGUGGAUAAUCUCAGACUCGAAGGCGAAUUUUAUAAACCUCUGAAAGAGUCCGUUAAACCGGGAGAGAAGGCAAAACCAAUUCGACAACUCGAUAACCUUCAUCCAGAAGGUGACUUUUACCAACGCCCUGAACAAGGAGCUCCCCUCAAAGGGGAUCGAGCGGAUAUUAAGAAACCGGUUGAUAACUUAAGGCCGGAAGGUGAGUUUUACAAGCCGCUGAAGGAGUCUGUCCAGCCUGGAGAGAAGGCAAAGCCUAUUCGACAGUCCGAUAAUUUGUACCCUGAAGGAGAAUUUUAUCAAAGACCUGAACAAGGGACCCCCCUAAAAGGUGAUCGAGCUGAUAUUAAGAAACCCGUCGAUAACCUCAGACCCGAAGGCGAGUUUUAUAAGCCACUCAAAGAGUCUGUACAACCAGGAGAGAAAGCAAAGCCUAUUAGACAAGCCGAUAAUUUGUACCCUGAAGGAGAGUUUUACCAGAGACCCGACCAAGGCGCCCCUCUCAAAGGAGAUCGAGCCGAUAUUAAGAAACCUGUCGAUAACCUGAAGCCCGAAGGUGAAUUUUAUAAGCCACUGAAGGAAUCUGUUCAAACUGGAGAGAAGGCAAAGCCUAUUAGACAAUCGGAUAAUUUGUACCCGGAAGGAGAAUUUUACCAACGCCCAGAACAAGGAGCUCCGUUAAGAGGGGAAAGAGCGGAUGUGAAGAAACCCAUCGAUAAUCUGAAACCUGAAGGUGAGUUUUAUAAGCCACGUAAGGAGUCUGUCCAACCUGGAGAAAAGGCAAAGCCUAUUAGACAGUCGGAUAAUUUAUACCCUGAAGGUGACUUUUACCAGAGACCCGACCAAGGGGCCCCUCUCAGAGGGGAACGAGCUGACGUGAAGAAACCCGUCGAUAAUCUCCGACCUGAGGGCGAAUUUUAUAAACCACCGAAAGAGUCGAUUAAACCGGGUGAGAAAGCCAAACCAAUUCGACAGCUUGACAAUUUGCAUCCAGAAGGUGAAUUUUACCAACGUCCUGAACAAGGAGCUCCCCUUAGAGGAGAUCGAGCCGAUAUUAAGAAACCAGUGGACAACUUAAGACCUGAAGGUGAGUUCUACAAGCCGCUGAAGGAGUCUGUGCAACCAGGAGAAAAAGCCAAGCCUAUCCGACAGGCCGAUAAUUUGUACCCCGAAGGCGAAUUUUAUCAACGUCAGGAACAAGGCGCCCCUCUCAAGGGGGAUCGAGCAGAUGUAAAGAGACCCAUCGAUAAUCUUCGACCUGAGGGCGAAUUUUAUAAACCGCUGAAGGAAUCUGUCCAACCCGGAGAGAAAGCCAAACCAAUUCGACAGCCUGACAAUCUGCAUCCAGAAGGUGAAUUUUAUCAACGUCCUGAACAAGGAGCACCCCUCAGAGGAGAUCGAGCAGAUGUGAAGAGACCAGUGGAUAAUCUGCACCCUGAAGGAGAAUUUGUGCAGCGUGAAAAAACAGACCAAUGGGUUCGAGGAGUCCGAGCAGAUAAAGUAAUUCACGAAGAUAAUAUCCGCAUGGAGGGUAGCAUCCAGAACAUCACUUCCUCCAUGGUGGAUUAUCAGCACGUUCGCUCAGAGAAGAGUGAAGCUAUUCGGCAUGCUGACAAUUUGGUCAUCGAAGGUGAAUUUUACAAGAAACCAAAGGAACAGUUGCAACCUGGCGAAAGACGGCAACCUGUGAAACAGCCUGACAACCUACGCCCAGAAGGUGACUUUUAUCAACGCCCUGAACAAGGAGCUCCCCUCAGAGGAGAUCGAGCCGAUAUUAAGAAACCCGUCGAUAACUUAAGACCUGAAGGUGAGUUCUACAAGCCGCUGAAGGAGUCUGUGCAACCAGGGGAAAAAGCCAAACCUAUUCGACAGGCCGAUAAUUUGUACCCUGAAGGAGAAUUUUACCAACGCCCUGAACAAGGAACGCCAUUAAGAGGUGAAAGGGCGGAUGUGAAGAAACCCAUUGAUAACCUCAGACCUGAAGGCGAAUUUUAUAAACCACUCAAAGAGUCUGUACAACCAGGAGAGAAAGCAAAGCCUAUUCGACAGGCCGAUAAUUUGUACCCUGAAGGAGAAUUUUAUCAACGUCCUGAACAAGGCGCCCCUCUCAAAGGAGAUCGAGCCGAUAUUAAGAAACCCGUCGAUAACCUCAGACCCGAAGGCGAAUUUUAUAAGCCAGUUAAAGAGUCUGUACAACCAGGAGAGAAAGCAAAGCCUAUUAAACAACUCGACAAUUUAUACCCUGAAGGAGAGUUUUAUAAGCCGCUGAAGGAGUCUGUCCAAUCAGGGGAGAAAGCGAAGCCUAUUAAACAACUCGACAAUUUAUACCCUGAAGGAGAGUUUUACCAGAGACCCGACCAAGGUGCCCCUCUCAAGGGGGACCGAGCCGAUAUUAGGAAACCCGUCGAUAAUCUCAAGCCUGAGGGCGAAUUUUAUAAGCCACUGAAGGAAUCCGUUAAACCAGGAGAGAAGGCAAAACCAAUUCGACAACUCGAUAACCUUCAUCCAGAAGGUGACUUUUACCAACGGCCUGAACAAGGAGCUCCGUUAAGAGGGGAAAGAGCAGAUGUGAAGAAACCCGUCGAUAAUCUUAAACCGGAGGGUGAAUUUUAUAAACCACUGAAGGAAUCGAUUCAACCUGGAGAAAAAGCAAAGCCUAUCCGACAGGCCGAUAAUUUGUACCCUGAAGGAGAAUUUUACCAACGUCCUGAACAUGGAGCUCCCCUUAGAGGAGAACGAGCUGAUGUUAAGAAACCCGUGGAUAAUCUCAGACCCGAAGGCGAAUUUUAUAAACCUCUGAAAGAGUCCGUUAAACCGGGAGAGAAGGCAAAACCAAUUCGACAAGUCGACAAUCUUCAUCCAGAAGGUGACUUUUACCAACGCCCUGAACAAGGAGCUCCCCUCAAAGGGGAUCGAGCGGAUAUUAAGAAACCGGUUGAUAACUUAAGGCCGGAAGGUGAGUUUUACAAGCCGCUGAAGGAGCCUGUCCAGCCUGGAGAGAAGGCAAAGCCUAUCCGACAGGCCGAUAAUUUGUACCCCGAAGGCGAAUUUUAUCAACGUCAGGAACAAGGCGCCCCUCUCAAGGGGGAUCGAGCAGAUGUAAAGAGACCCAUCGAUAAUCUUCGACCUGAGGGCGAAUUUUAUAAACCGCUGAAGGAAUCUGUCCAACCCGGAGAGAAAGCCAAACCAAUUCGACAGCCUGACAAUCUGCAUCCAGAAGGUGAAUUUUAUCAACGUCCUGAACAAGGAGCACCCCUCAGAGGAGAUCGAGCAGAUGUGAAGAGACCAGUGGAUAAUCUGCACCCUGAAGGAGAAUUUGUGCAGCGUGAAAAAACAGACCAAUGGGUUCGAGGAGUCCGAGCAGAUAAAGUAAUUCACGAAGAUAAUAUCCGCAUGGAGGGUAGCAUCCAGAACAUCACUUCCUCCAUGGUGGAUUAUCAGCACGUUCGCUCAGAGAAGAGUGAAGCUAUUCGGCAUGCUGACAAUUUGGUCAUCGAAGGUGAAUUUUACAAGAAACCAAAGGAACAGUUGCAACCUGGCGAAAGACGGCAACCUGUGAAACAGCCUGACAACCUACGCCCAGAAGGUGACUUUUAUCAACGCCCUGAACAAGGAGCUCCCCUUAGAGGAGAUCGAGCCGAUAUUAAGAAACCCGUCGAUAACCUUAGACCUGAGGGUGAAUUUUAUAAACCACUCAAAGAGUCUGUCCAACCAGGAGAGAAAGCAAAGCCUGUUAGACAACUUGAUAAUUUGUUCCCUGAAGGAGAAUUCUACCAGAGGCCCGACCAGGGGGCCCCUCUUAAGGGGGAACGGGCUGAUGUGAAGAAACCCGUCGAUAAUCUCCGACCUGAGGGCGAAUUUUAUAAACCACCAAAGGGAUCGGUCCAACCUGGAGAGAAAGCCAAACCUAUUAGACAGCUGGACAAUUUGCAUCCAGAAGGUGACUUUUAUCAACGCCCUGAACAAGGAGCUCCCCUCAGAGGAGAUCGAGCCGAUAUUAAGAAACCCGUCGAUAACUUAAGACCUGAAGGUGAGUUUUACAAGCCGCUGAAGGAGUCUGUCCAGCCUGGAGAGAAGGCCAAACCUAUUCGACAGGCCGACAAUUUGUACCCUGAAGGAGAAUUUUACCAACGACCUGAACAAGGAACGCCAUUAAGAGGUGAAAGGGCGGAUGUGAAGAAACCCGUGGAUAACCUCAGACCUGAAGGCGAAUUUUAUAAGCCACUCAAAGAGUCUGUCCAGCUAGGGGAAAAAGCAAAGCCUAUUAGACAACUAGACAAUUUGUUCCCUGAAGGAGAAUUUUACCAGAGACCCGACCAAGGUGCCCCUCUCAAGGGGGACCGAGCCGAUAUUAGGAAACCCGUCGAUAAUCUCAAGCCUGAGGGCGAAUUUUACAAGCCACUGAAGGAGUCCGUCAAACCUGGAGAGAAAGCAAAACCAAUUCGACAACUCGAUAACCUUCAUCCAGAAGGUGACUUUUACCAACGUCCUGAACAAGGAACGCCAUUGAGAGGUGAAAGGGCGGAUGUGAAGAAACCCGUCGAUAAUCUCAAACCCGAAGGAGAAUUUUACAAACCGCUGAAGGAAUCUGUCCAACCUGGAGAGAAGGCAAAACCGAUUAAGCAUGGAGACAAUUUGUUUCCGGAAGGAGAGUUCUAUCAACGACCAGAGCAGGGAGGUCCACUUAAGGGCGAUCGGGCAGAUGUUAAACGUCCGUUGGAUAAUCUCAAGAUGGAAGGUAAAAUGUACACUGAUACGAGAAAAACUACCAUUAUCCGUGGUGAACGGGCUGAAAUCAAGAGACAUCAAGACAACCUCAAAGUAGAAGAUUCUGAAGAUAUGUAUUUUCCCGUGAGUACAAACGAUAUUCGAUUCACGAAGGGAGAACGCUACGACCCAAAGAAGCAUGCAUCAACUUUAAGGCUUGAGGGUGACCUAGACUUUUCUAAUAACAAGAAAUUCUACUCUAGCCCGUUCAUCUCAUCUCCAUUAAUUGAACGGAGAACGUUGAUAAAACCAAAGGAUAACUUGGCCGUUGCUCCUCUUAUCAGAUAUGAAAAUCGGACAUUUUCACCAAUCAUUUUUAGCAGACAGUCCCCCACUUUCUCAGAUUACUCAGAUUCAUUGUCUCCCUUCAAUGACGGGGUCACAUCUCAGUUUGAGCACAUGGAAAGAUUUUACGGCGAUGCAAACAACCUUGAUCUUGGUGACGGUAAUGAAUGGGAAAGUAAGUUGCCCGAGGAUCAUAGCAUGCCUGAUAUGAGUCGAUUGGACUCUAUGAGAUUUAAGGAUCAUCUGUAUCUAGUGGGACGAAUUUCCCCCCAAGACGAAGACUUGCAACUGAAUUCUAUAGGCGAUUAUGGGAGACAGCAACAACUCUUUCCUCCAAUCAAUCAAAAAAAUAUUACAGAAGACUUACAAAACAACAACUUGGGUCAACACCGUAAACGUGACAAGAGAAGCUUGGACUAUAGAGGUGAAUUUACUAGUCGAGUUAUCGGUACCGUACCAAAGGGUGAAAGGAGGGCGCCUAUAAAACCUGAAGACACAUUACACCCAGAAGGGAGCUUCUAUGACAGACCCAAGGAGAAUAUUCCGCUCAAAGGCGACCGCUCUCCAAUUAAAAUUCCUAAAGAUAAUUUAAAAAUGACCGGCGACUUUUACUCUCCAAAGAAAGAUCAAGUGGUCCCUAAAGGUGAAAGAUACGAUGUGAAGAAGCACCAAGACAAUUUGAAGAUGGAAGGAAAAAUUGAUUUUGUCAAUAAAAAAGCGACAUUGACAAAGGGAGAACGAGCCCUCGUCGUGAAACGAUCUGAUAACUUGAAGGUCGGCGAAGGGGAAAUGCAGCUCAUGACGACACAAAAGUCAUUACACCAGUCAAGUUCCGAUACUCGCUUGUCGAAAUUGACCAAAGAGAGCUCAUCUGGAGUGGUCAGAAAGCAAACCAGUUCCCAGAUUAUACUAGGUGAUGACAUUGGUGAUGCCAGAUUUGAAAGGACUACGACUGCGAAACGCACAACCGUCGAAAAUCGAAACCUUGAAAAUGGUCACAUGACUGUCAACAAAUCCAUAGAAUCUCGUACAACAAAUGCUGCAGAAACACGAGUAUCAUCCGAUCGUUCCACUGAGCAGAAAUUAUUAUCUCAAUCAAUGUCCGCCAAAUCGGCAUAUGACCAGUCCAUGGUUUUGAACGACGUUCAAAAGACUGGAUCAUCUGCAACACAAAUUCAGACCUCCUCGAGUCAGGACAAGACAGUUGGGACUACCAGUAGCAGCACCCACCUAGCAUCCUCUCAACAAUCCUCCCAAAUGACUUCGUCCCAACUUCGUGCCAAUCAGAAGGGAACCAAAGAGGUGCAAGUUACCAGAGAGGUCACAGUGACCAAAAGAAAUGACCCACACACCGGAGAAAUAAUCACGACAACUACGACCACUUCUACAAAAACCCCCACUUCUCAACGUACGAGUGAAAUGUCGUCUAUGAAAAGUUUAGAAUCACAACAGCAGAUAAGUUCCCAGCAGCGUCAUCAACAAGAAAUUACGAGCAGUUUAGCAAAAUCAGAGCAAAGAUCAACGACACAGCAGCAAGAAAUUAGUUCUUCCUCUGCAGCAACAAGCAGUAAACAACAGCAGUUGUCCAGUAAUGUUAAGUCUCAAGCCAUAUCUGAGUCUCGGUCGACACAGCAACUGACGGGCUCAACUUUAGGUCAGACAAAAGUGACCACUAUCAAUGGAACCGAGUCCGCAGCAGGGGCGGCCAGUGGUGGAGACGCUGUGACCAAUACUGCGUUUGCGUCUAGCUUAAGAGCUACUUCUGGGAGCAACGUAAACCAAGCUUCUGGAACACAAAAUCAUAACCGAAGUCAAACAUUGAUAGGUCAAAGUGAUUCCAUCAACACAGAGCGUAGAUUAGCAUCAUCCUCUUCAGCAGCAUACGGGGCCACUUCUGGGCAAUGCGCUGUCCAUUCCCACGCGUCCAACAAUUACGCAAAUACUAGUAAUAACAAUACUCUUGCAAGUGCCAGAAUGGUUUCGGGAAAUCAGGGGUCAAGAAAUGUCAUAUCCUCGCAUGAUGCUCAGCGAUACUCCUACAGUCACAAUCAACAGCAGUCGCAAAUACAGUCAAAUCAGUCUCGAAGUCAGGUUCAGUCUUCAUCAUCUUCAUCUCAAGUUAUCCAACACAACAUUGGCUAUUCGGGUGGAAUGAGAGCCCAGAAAAUUGUCCAUUCGGACAACUUGACCCUAGGAAAAGGUUCUUUUGAGGGCCAAGCCUCUUCGAAAACCUAUGGUCAUUAUCAAAUCAAGGAGCGCGUCGUCCCAGUCCGUUCCACUCAGCAGUCCAGCAUUUCUUUGGGCUCAUUCUCAGCAGAGACUGGGAGUUCCAGUUAUCAAAAACAGUACAUCCAGCAGAAAAUUACUCCGUGUCCUGCUGCGAUGAUCGAGUCUGCCAGGUCGCCUUAUAAAUUGGAACGCCAAACAUCGUCGCAUAAAUUUUAUAUGCCCCGAGUUUCAGACUAACCUUCAGAGUUAAUAUUAUUCCAGUGACUGUGGCAUUUUUUAACAUUUUUGAAUGUGACCAUUCCUAAUAUUAACCAUUAACUUACUAUGUCAGAAAUCCACUCAUUCCUUACUAACUAAUGAUUAUAAUUCAAUGAUGGUGAUAAAAAUUAUAAACUUUACGUGCAGACGUGAUAUAGCCCGAGCCAAUCAUUUUCUCUGUCUUACAAAAGUGGCAUUUUAUUAGGUAUCAAUUUCCCCUGUAAAAUUUUUACCUUUCCAAUUGACUGCUAAAACCAGCAUGACUCCUUGUACCAUUGGACUCAUCCUCAAUUAUACCCAUUUUUAUAUCCAACUAAGUUUUGCGAUUGACGCUUUAAUGUUAAUCGUAAGUUGGUCAAAAUCGGUUCAGUGGUUGAUCCUUUAAGUAGCGUAUCGCAUACUGUCCGUAAUACGGAGUCCGUAUUACGGACAUGAUUGGAAACUACUUGGUUCGGGCUAAAAACCACCUGUUCCUCAUUAAAUUUGUUUCAUAUUUGAUUAACAAUGCAGUUGCGAUGUUGAUUGUUGAGUAAUUAACGCAAAUAAAAAUACAUGUAAAUCUACAAAAGUAA